AUGGUCGAUAUGAAGUCUGUUGGCGACGAGCCAGCGCCCACGAGAGAAAACCUUGAAUCCAACGUGCUCCGGAUGCAAAACCACCUUGCUGGCAUACUUGACGUUGUCGACGAAAUGAAGCGCAACUGUUCCCGGCUGCAGUCGGAGAACAAGUUCAUCCAGGAGUACAUUGAGUCUCUUAUGAUCAAACGCCGUUCUUCAGAAUCCAAUUAA